UGUGUUUUUGUGAGGAAACAGGAAUUCCACACUGUUAAGUCCAAAGAGUUUGGAAACACAGCGGAAGUGCAACCCCGUCGGGCGAAGCAAGCGGGUGUGUGAGAGACUGUAUCGGGGACUCCGGCUGGCAUGAUGUGGGCACGGCUGAUGGUGGGAGUCAGGGGCUCGGGGUUCGGGCUGCGCGCUUCCAGAGACGGUUUGUUGGGGGUCGCUGGAGCUGGAUGCGCGGGGAGGAGACAGCAGCAGAGACAGGCGUCCAGUUCAGAGGCUGCCUUGAAGAAGACUCCACUCUUUGACUUCCACAGGGAGCAGGGGGGGAAGAUGGUGGAGUUUGCAGGCUGGAGUAUGCCUGUCCAGUACAAAGACAGCCACAUUGUUUCACACAUGCACACCAGGGAGCACUGUUCCAUCUUCGAUGUGAGCCACAUGCUACAGACCAAAGUCCAUGGCAAAGACCGGGUAAGGUUCAUGGAGUCUCUGGUGGUUGCAGAUAUCGCAGAGCUCAAAGACAACCAGGGUACGUUGUCUCUCUUCACCAAUGAAAAAGGAGGAAUUAUGGAUGACCUCAUAGUGACAAAGACAGACCAGGGCUACCUCUAUGUCGUUUCCAACGCAGGCUGUGCUGACAAGGACUCGGCUCAUAUGAAGGCCAGACUGGCAGAGUUCAAAGCUGCAGGUUUUGAUGUGGAUCUGGAGUUUCUUGAUGAAGCAUUGAUUGCUGUGCAAGGUCCAACCAUGUCCCGGGUUCUCCAGGAGGGUCUUAAAGAGGAUCUCAGCAAGCUAACCUUCAUGACUUCCACCCUGGCUACUGUGUUUGGUGUCCCUAACUGCAGGGUCACCCGCUGUGGAUACACAGGAGAAGACGGUGUAGAAAUAUCCGUUCCUCGGUCCAGAGUGGUUGAGCUGACGGAGAAGCUGCUGACAAGCUGUGAGGUGAAGCUGGCCGGUCUGGGAGCAAGGGACAGUCUUCGGCUGGAGGCAGGACUUUGUCUCUAUGGCAAUGACAUAGAUGAGAGCACCACACCUGUUGAAGCCACACUUGUUUGGACAAUAGGAAAGCGCAGGCGUCAGACCAAAGAUUUCCCUGGAGCUGAUGUCAUUAUACCUCAGAUCAAAGCCAAGACAGCCAGGAAGAGAGUCGGUCUGGUAUCCACCGGACCCCCAGUCAGACAGCACACACCCAUCCUUGGCCCUGAUGGACAGGUUAUAGGUGAGGUGACCAGCGGCUGCCCCUCUCCCUGCCUGAAAAAGAAUGUUGCCAUGGGUUAUGUGGAUGCAGCAUUCGCCAAGAACGGAACACCCAUCCAGGUUGAAGUCAGGAAGAAAGCAGUGCCAGCAACUGUCAGCAAGAUGCCCUUCGUCCCGACCAGCUACUAUUCUGGAUAGGAGACGUGCACAAUGAUACACCUCAAAGUGGAGCACUCUUUCACUGUUUGUCUUGUGUUUUGCAGUGUUGCCCCCACUGUUUGAUUCCAGCAAUGCAAGACCAAUAUAAGAUUUACGAGUCUUUAUUGGUGCAGCCUCUGAGAGGAAAAAAAUAAAUAAAAUAUUAAAACUAUCAUGCUGUAAAAUGUGCUUCUAAUACAAUAUAAACGGGGCACAUUCUUGGAAGACUUAAUAGGACAGGAUCUUGCAUACAGUAUAAUACAAAGACUCAGUGCAGGAUAUUUUUUAAAAUGCAGGUUGUCAUUGUACAUAAUGUCUGUCAGUAUUAGUAUGAUUUCACCUGCAAAUAGACAUGUAAUGAACCAUAAGCAGGUUACAGAUGAGACAAAAUCAAUUAAUGGGCAACAUUGUUCAUUCUGAAACUUUAUAUGUGAUAUCAUACUGAACUUCACCAUGUUUUGGUGUUUUUACUUUUAACAUAAAAAAAUGAGCUUUUACCAUGUUUGCAAAGUUUACAAGUUAAUCUGAGCAAUCGCUCGCAAGAUAACGGAAGUUAUAUGUGUAGAACAAUUAGACUAUUUUUAAUUAACUGCUUCAUGCAGAAUAUUGGUUACUGAUGAUGAAACAUCAUAUUAGUACUAAUUUGUCACUACUGGACCAAAACAUAAAAAUUCCCAAAAUUUUUUAUGGAUGUUAAAAUGACAUAUCUGCACCUUUGUUUUCAGUUGUAUUCUUGUUAGCCAUCAAACCAGUUUUCCAUUUACAAUAUUUUGGUAAACAGAAAAACAAGUUCUGCUUCUUAUGUCCUUGACUUAAACUAUCUGAAGUGUGAUAAUUAACACAAACAUGCCAGUUUUAUUACUUUUGUGUUGUUGAGUUUUUGUUUUAAAUGGUUAACAACUUAAUCUUAACACUUUCUCAGAAUUUUUUAUAAUCUUAAAAGAGAAAUUGUCUCCACAUGUGACACAAAGAAAAGUUAAGAUGUUUAGUGUAAUAAUGUGUGUUUGUCUGGCUGCUAAGGCAAUGUGAUUUCUUUAUUAAAUUAAUAAGUGGUCUUUGAAUAACUACUGAUUUAUACCUUUAAGGUGUGCUAUGUUAGGAACUUAAACUUUCAUGUCUAGCUCAAUAUUCUUGUCAACGUUUUUAAUAAACUUUUAAUC